CAACAUCUACCUCCCACGUUCCUUAUUUCCAUUUCGGGAGGUUGCAACCCUGAUAAGUUUUUACAUUGUAAAUUUACUUUACUCUCUUUAUGAGGAUUGCUUUUUGUUUGUGGGCAGCAGGGCAUCACACACCGUUUCGUAAUAUUGACAGAGCAGCAUGCCUCACAGAUAAAAGAGACAUGCUGGCGGGGUGGGGGAGUUUCCUGAGUAAUAGACCAUGGGAUAUCCAGAGAUGAAUUCAUAUGAAGACGAGAGCACGGAUGGAAAAUCAUUCCACCACAACCCGAGGAGCAGAGGAUCUGUGUACACGGUCAGAUUUGGGUCCAGAAGUCUUCCACUCUACCCGCUGGUUAUCGUGUGUUUGGGAUUGCUGAACACGAUUCUGCUGUCAACAGCUGUUGCCAUUGGGAUUUACUGUAGCACAGUCGAUGAGGAAUCCAGCCCCCACCAAAUAUCAGCACCGGCGCUCAUCUUAGAGCAGAAGGAACUCAAGAUACUUCGGAGCGAAGUUAUCAAAGCGCUAAAAGAGUAUGAACAAGCAUUAGAGAAGGAACUCAGGAGCCAUGAGCAACUCAACUUGCAGAUGGAACAGAACAAGACCCUCAGUGACAGCCUCCAGACGCGGCUUGAGACCCUACAUGUGGAGAAAGCAAUACUACUGUCGGAGACUUCUGAGAUCAGGGAAAGCUGCGGACGAUGCCUCCCAGGGUGGUUUUUAUUGAACACAUCAUGCUACUUCCAUUCUAAAUCCGGUUCCUUAAAGACCUGGACAGACAGCAGAGAGGACUGCAAGAGCCGUGGGGCUGACCUGGUUGUGAUUGAUAACUUGGAAGAGCAGGUAAAUCUCUUUGAUCACCUACCAAAAAUGAAUUCUGGCCAUCGAGAGUGGUGGAAGGAAUCUGGAAUUUGGAUUGGCAUUACAGAUCAUCAAGCAGAGGGCACCUGGGUGUGGGUGAAUAACAUGACCCUGCUGGACGGAGGGUACUGGAUACAAGGGGAGCCCAACAACUAUGGAUCACAAGGCGAGGACUGUGGAGCAAUUGUAAACAUAGACAACCCUAGGAGGUCGUGGUUUGAUGGAUUUUGCCAAAGCAACAGGGAAUGGUUGUGUGAAAUGGGACCCAGCUAGCUGUGGAAUGGAUGUCAGAGUGUCCAACAAGCCAUGAGGAGAAAAGAUGAACGACCAAUUUUCCUUCUGAUCAAAACAUAUUGUUUGUAUGUUUAUUUUCUCAUGAAUAAAGACAUUGAUUAUACAUGAA